UAAAUAAAAAUAGGUAUUCAAGCGGGAAAGGAAAACAAACUUCGAAGUUGUGCAAAACUUAGGAUAAGCUGUUCUAGAAGUUAUUUAAGUAUUUAAUUCUAAUCGCUAAAUAAUGCGGCGUAACUGGAGAGGUCGCUAUCGUAACAAUUGGUAUCGUCCACGAAAUAACAACAGUUCAGCUUCAGACAGCCAAAGUUUCCAAAAUGCGUCUUCUCACAGAACAUCAUCAAGCACAGCAGGGUCUUCAAGAGCACCAGCUAAUCAGCUACCUACUGUUUUGCCCAUCAAUGAUAAUAAAAAUAUAUGGAAGCUUUACUUUCCCACUGAAGAUCAACAUGCUGAUCCUGACUUAACAAACCACGUAAAAUGUUUCAAGCAGUUUAUAGAGAAAAACAAAAAUCUAUUUGAUUUGGAGAAAAUAGAUCAAACUCGCAGUGUACCCUUAGAUGUAACCAAUUUAACAAAUGAUACAGAUUUCAUUGGUGCCUGGCCAAGUUUCAGUACAGAAUUAUUUGAGUACCCGGACAAAACUUUGAGGCUCCUGGAAUAUUCUUUACAUGAAACUUUCAAAUUUGAAUCUAAAAUAAGAGUAAGAAUACUUAAUCAUCAACCAGUCAUUCCACUAGCUAAUUUAAAAGUUAACUACUUUGGCAAACUAGUAACAAUAAAAGGCACAGUUAUACGAGUAGGAAGUGUUGGACUCAUCUGCACAUCUAUGGCAUUUGAAUGUUCUAGCUGCCAUAAUCUUCAAGCUGUUAUACAACCUCAGGGUGUAUUUACUGCUCCUACAACCUGUCAGAGUUGCCAUGGAGGGUCCAAGUUUGAACCUUUGCAGUCAUCUCCUUUCACAAACACAACAGACUGGCAAGUUGCAAAAAUACAGGAAAUUCAGUCACAAAGCCUCUCUGGAACUAUACCAAGAAGUGUUGAAAUAGAAUUGCAAGGUGAUCUAGUUGGCACUGCUUGCCCUGGAGAUGUAUUGUCUGUCACUGGUAUAGUACAGGUUCGCGGUGAAAGCAAAGGUGGCGAAGAUGGAAAACGAGCAGCAAGGCUUCUCCAACUGUAUAUUGAAGCUGUUUCAAUUCACAGCCACAGGAAUCUGAGUAAUCCAACAUUAUCAUUUACACUGAAAGAUUAUUACGCCAUUCAGGAAAUACAUGGAUCAGACGAUGUGUUCAGACUUCUUGUCCAUUCCCUGUGUCCUACAAUAUUUGGUCACGAGGCAGUGAAAGCGGGGCUCAUACUUGGUCUUAUAGGAGGCACUGAACAUGACAAUGGUCCUAGGUCCAACCCUCAUGUGUUGGUUGUGGGUGACCCUGGGCUUGGGAAGUCACAACUGCUUCAAGCUGCUGCUCAUGCUGCACCAAGAGGUGUUUAUGUGUGUGGUGCUUCUGCAUCAGCGGGUGGUCUCACAGUAGCGUUGGGGCGGGAAGCGGGCGGAGAUUUCGCGCUCGAGGCAGGCGCAUUGGUUUUAGCUGAUAAGGGCGUAUGCUGCAUAGAUGAGCUUGAUAAGAUGACGGCCCACCACAGCAGCCUGCUGGAGGCGAUGGAGCAGCGGCGCGUGAGCGUGGCGAAGGGCGGCGUGGUGUGCAGCCUCGCCGCCCGCGCCACCGUGCUGGCCGCCGCCAACCCCGCCGCUGGCAGCUACAACAGAUCCAAGACUGUUGCGGAAAACCUGAAAUUGAAUUCGGCUCUCCUUUCCAGAUUUGAUUUAGUUUUUAUUCUUUUGGACCAACCUGACGAGAAAAUGGACGCCAUGUUAUCAGAGCAUGUAUUAGCGCUCCAUACUGGCCAGAAAGGAAAACAAUCAACCAAAACUAGUAAUUUGAAUGCUAGUAUAAGUACAAGCCAAACCGCAAAUGAAAUUUCGCUCAGUCAACGAUUACGCCUGAAGCCUGGAGAAGUAAUCGACCAUUUACCUUUAGUUUUGCUUAGAAAAUAUAUAGCUUACGCUAGAAGAUAUGUUCACCCAAAAAUAAGCACGGAAGCAGCAAAUGCAUUACAAAACUUUUAUUUAGAACUCAGACACAACCAUCAGGGUGGAUCUCACGACGGCACACCAAUCACGACUCGACAACUUGAAGCUUGCAUACGACUGACCCAAGCGAGAGCUCGCGUGGACUUGAGAGAAGAAGCUACGGUAAACGACGCAAACGAUGUAAUAAGUUUAUUAAAACAUAGCCUAAUAGACACAUUUAGUGAUGAAUUUGGGAACAUACAGCUUUCUAGAUCAAUAAAUGGCUCAGGUGUUAGUUCUAGAAAUAAGCUUAAGAAGUUCCUAGAUGCGUUGACGAGGCGAUCGCAUCAACUAGGAAAAGAUAUAUUUACAAGGCAGGAGAUGGUACAAAUACAUAAAGCUGCUGGUGUAGCCGGAGAUCCUCAUGAUUUAAUUGAAGCAAUGCACAUACAUUCUUACUUAUUGUUAAAAGGAUCAAAUACAUAUCAAUUGAUUGCAUUAUAAAUAAAUUGUUAGAUUUUUGUUUUA